AAGAGUGGGGGCGGCGUAGGAGGCUAGAGAAGAGCAUGAAGCUGAGGAGGAAGGAGCGCCGCCUGCGCGCAGGCCCAGAAGCGCCCGAGCCCCGGCUGCCGGCGACGCCCCAGAGCGGAAGAGGGAAGUGAAGGCGCCCGGCUGCGGGUUCCUGGUGGGCUACGCUUACCGAGGUAGAGGCAGCAACCGAGAGGAGGCUUCUGCCACCGGUCCGGUUCGGGGAUGUCGAAGAACACAGUGUCGUCGGCCCGGUUCCGGAAGGUGGACGUGGAUGAGUACGACGAGAACAAGUUCGUAGACGAGGAAGACGGGGGCGAUGGGCAGGCCGGGCCUGACGAAGGCGAGGUGGACUCCUGCCUGCGGCACUCCAUCACAGGAAACAUGACAGCCGCCCUCCAGGCAGCUCUGAAAAAUCCCCCUAUCAACACCAAGAGUCAGGCGGUGAAGGAUCGAGCCGGCAGCAUUGUCUUGAAGGUGCUCAUCUCUUUUAAAGCGAAUGAUAUUGAAAAGGCAGUUCAAUCCCUGGACAAGAAUGGUGUGGAUCUUCUAAUGAAGUAUAUUUAUAAAGGCUUCGAGAGCCCCUCUGACAAUAGCAGUGCUGUGUUAUUGCAAUGGCAUGAAAAGGCACUUGCUGCUGGAGGAGUUGGGUCCAUUGUUCGAGUUCUGACCGCAAGGAAAACCGUGUAGUCGGCGGGAACUGGACAGCCCGUGGGUGUGGGAGUUGCUGGUACAAAGACCAAAACAACCAAAUGCCACCGCUGCCCUUUGGGUAGCGUCUCUUUCUCUCAGCUUUGCCUUCUUGCUUCCUUUUUCAUAUCCGUAAAGAGCAAAAUCACAUAUCAGUUUUCCUUUCAUGAAAAUUGGGAUAAUAGAGAGGAAAUGUUUAUGAACAGGAGUGUUUCAUGCUCUCAAAAACGAUUUUGGUGUAUACCUGUCUGUAUAUAGUAUAAUUUGCCUUCAAGUUUAAUUGUGCAAUUUUAACCCCUAUCGGCUGGUGGGGUUUUGUUUUGUUUUGCAUUUUUUUUUAAGUGUUUUGUUUUGUUUUUGACUAAUAGUGAGGAAUUUGUUCAGAAUUUGAGGCCAGUUUCCUAACUCCUUCCUAGCCAGGAAAUGAUCUUUAUAAAAAAUAUAUUUGAGAAACUGGCAGCUAUUAACGUUGCAAAACUGGACCAUAAUUCCCUUAUUUAAGCAAAAUGUGUUUCUGGAACAAGUGGUGGGUGAACACCACUCCCAAGUUCCAGUUUUGUUUCUGCUUACCUCCAGAUCAUGUGAGCUUAAGUAUGCUUUUUCCUCUCUGCAUCCAGUAAUCAUGGCCUCUCGAUUUCUUUGUGGUCUCCAGGGUCCAGAGCAAGGAGUCUUGCUCUACAAAAAUGUAUCUAUGAAAUGCCAGAGCCUGUUUGGCACGGGCAUAAAACUUUGUUCUAAUAAUAUGACCCAAUUUGGGGAAACUACUCCAAAUGAGAAAAGACAUGGAAACAAUGAUGAAGUUCAAACUCUGGGCAGCCUCUGAAUGAAACGCUGUUUUCUUUAGAAAUAUAAUAGCUGCCUUAGACAUUAUGAGGUAUAUAACUAGUGUUUAAUAUGCCCUAUAAAUGUCUUCAGUGUUCUUCAGGGUAAUUAGGAUCUUAAAAGAUUUGGUUCAGAUCCAGAUACAUACACAUUCUGUAUUUUUAGCUCAGUGGUUUUCAAAAAAGGAAAAUGUCACACAGCAAAAAGUGUUUACUUUGUUGGACAAACCAAAUCGGUUCUCAAAAAAUGACCGGUGCUUAUAAAAAGUUAUCAUUCAGUAACUCCAGAACAAACCACCUGAAUGCAUAUGACAAAGAGGGAAAUCAGCUUGUGUGUAGUAUUUACAUUGGACACCAGUUUCGUAAUCACUGUCUUACGUAAAAACUGGUGGAGAAAUUCUAAAACCUCUUUGCUGUUUUUGAUAACUGCUUUUUGUUUUGUAAAAAUGAUAAAAGUUCGGAAAAUAAAAUGUCAGUGUUGAAUAAUUUA